CAAGCACGAGCCACUCCAUCACGUGUGGCUUCCAGCGGAUUGAGCAUGAAGUCACGCCGAGGUCUACUUCACCAGGUGCUUGCCUUAAAUAGGUGCAGAGGAACCCUUGACGCGCGAUAUCUGAGACUAUGCUGGUAUGAACGUUCACUCAUUCAUUGCUUCAUCAUAAGUCAAACCACCAAGUGCGUUUUAUAGUUCAGUAUGGCUUCCCUACCCGACGUCAAUAGCCUCAACUCCCUUCCCGUGGAGCAACAGACCAAGAUCUUGGAUGCGCUCUUCGAACCAAGCCCCGCGAUCCACGCUAUUCUCCUCCCCUCCAUUUCCGCAACACAUUUCCAGUCUUACGACGAAUUCAUCAAUCAGGCUCAAAAGAUCUUUGAGACUCUAACGACCGACCCUACGCAAAAGGCACAGCUGCACUCAAUCAUCGGCUCACACCCACGCCUUGGGGCCAAGAAGGUUGAAAGUGCUCAGUCCGCCGCAGAGCAGGCCCAACUCCAGAGCGGAGAUGCCACUGAACUGGCUGCGCUGAACGCCGAGUAUGAGGCAAAGUUCCCGGGCCUGCGUUACGUUGUGUUCGUCAACGGUAGAGGUCGGCCGGAAAUAAUGGAUAACAUGCGUGCUCGUAUCUCGCGUGGUGACUUGGCUCUCGAGGAGCUCGCCGCCGUACAGGCCAUGUGUGACAUUGCCAAAGAUCGUGCAGCUAAGCUUCUGGCCGCUUCGGGGUGAACGGCUCAGACACAACUCAGAAGCACCUCUCGGUCUAGUUGUCCGAUUCAUUUCCUAGAAAAAUAUUCAAACCCCAUCUAAGCCUAUAAGCACAACCCAAAUCUAGCUUGCCUACUAUGAGAAACUCGUCUAACACUAUCUUCAACCCCAUCACAACUUCGCAUUCUCAUCCAGCAGUCUCAAAAGUCUGCCGACACGCUCGGCCUCACGAUAGCCGCUGACGACUGCGCCAGCCACGCUUCCACGGUUCUCCAUCUCAGUGUGCUCACCAGCAAAUCCGAGUUUCCCAUCCCAAACAGGUCUGCUCAGCUCCUUGAAGUCAAGUGGGCUUCGCUCACCAUUUUCUGAAACGAUUGACGGGGUAGUCGUGGCACCGCGGGAGAAUUCGUCCGUCAACCAGUUGGUCAAGUUGGUCU